GCCAGCAAAGAUGGCGGCGGCGCCGGGCGCGUUCAGCCUGCGGGAGGUGCUGGCCGGCUUCCAGGAGUGCGUGACGGAGCAGCGCGAGGUGCUGCUGGGCCCGUACCUCUGCGGCUGGCGGGGGCUCGUGCGCUUCCUGAACGGCCUGGGCGCCAUCUUCUCCUUCAUCUCUAAGGACGCGGUGGCCAAAAUCCAGAUCAUGGAGAACUACUGCGGCGGGGAGCGGCGGGAGGAGUACCGCACGCUGCAGGCCAUGGUGCGCUACGAGCUGAGCGGAGGGCUGGUGGACCUCCAGCGGCGCUCGGCCCACCCCGACUCGGGCUGCAGGACCGUCCUGCGGCUGCACCGGGCCCUGCGGUGGCUGCAGCUCUUCCUCGAGGGGCUGCGCACCGCCCGGCAGGACGCCAGCACGUCGGCCAUCUGCACGGACAGCUACAACGCCUCGCUGGCCGCCUACCACCCCUGGGUCGUCCGCAAGGCCGCCGUCGUGGCCUUCUGCACGCUGCCGUCGCGCGACGCCUUCCUGGAGGUGAUGAACGUGGGCGGCCCCGAGGAGGCCGUGGAGAUGCUGGGCGAUGCUCUGCCCCACAUCCGCAACGUGUACGGCAUCACACAGGAGCUGUACGAGCAGCAUCACCUGCUGGACCUGCCCUGAGCCCGUCCCCUUCGUUGGAGCCACACGAAGCUGUGGAGCUCAGCUGUAGUCUGAUGACAGAAAGAAAAUGCACUACAAUACAUUACUAUACAUAUAUAUAUCAUCACCUCAGCUCUGCAGGGAGGAAUAGUGUCCACAAGCACGCUCAAGGGAGUGCUUCUCUCCCCCAGGCUCCAAUGUGAGGCUUCGGGGUCUUGCUAAGCGAAGGCUGUGUGCUUGUACCACUAAAAAGGUGACAGCACCAAAGGCUGUAGGGCUGUGUAUCCCUUACUGGAUAUCUCAACACCUUCACCUUAAGCUCACUUGGCCACUUUGUUUACAAGCUGUUCCCUUGGAGCUGCUGCCUUCCCCCCCACUCUGCUGUAGCACUGAAAACAGAAUCCCGAGUAACGAGUCAGAAAAGAACCUGCUUUAGCACUUAAAAACAGAACCCUUUUCCCAUCUGAAAAGAACCACCUUCCCUUGUAGUCACCAAGAGACUGUUCCUUUCCAUAUGGAUCCAUUCUGCAGGGCUUUGCUCAUUGUUUUUUCUGUCCUUUGUGUGUCUUGGGGCGUGGACCAGUUCUUCCCGUGUCCUGCACAGCACUACAUACCCAACUAAGGCAGCUGGCUGUACUUCAUCUCUUUUCCAGCCUUGCUUCUAAAUGAUUAUUUGUUAUUUAUUUUUAAUGAAUGUGUCAAAUGCCUACAAAAGUAACUUCUCUAACUACAAUCACAGCAUAUAAUAGCCAGUAUCUAUAGUAUGAAGUAUGUAAAAUUGAGUUUACUUAGCUUCUUCAGAGCCUGAAAAAGCACAACUGUUACUUUAGGAAGACAUGAGUGUCUGGGGGAGAAUCCCGCAGACCAUCACAUUUUGGUUUUCUCUCAAUUAAGAGUCACUUUGGCCUAAAGUAACACUGCAUGGCUCAGGAAAUCACUAUUACCUCACUGGGAUCAGUCAGCUGAGCACUACAUUACAUGAUUAACAAACUGCUGGAGAGUAUCCCUUACAAGAAUGCUUUCCUUUCUUGUGGUGUUGGAAGAAAGAUGAGUUACAGUGUUAUCUGUUCAUCUCUGUCCUUCACCAGCAGUCUCAUUCACUGACCCACUGAUCAGGUGUGAAACCAACAUCAGGAGUAACCCAGAUGGAGUACUGAGAGUUUGCUUGUACAUCCUAAAUGGGGGAAUUGCUGCUAUACUGUAAAGACAAAUACUCUCUUUCUGCCAAAGCCACUUCAAAAUAACACAGUUCCAUAGAACAAAUCCAUAUAUUAAAAUGGAGCAGUUCCAUGAUGUAAGCUACAAAACACCUCCUGCUGUGCUCACUCAGUGAUACAGAUGGUGCUGAUAUUUCAGCUGGUGAAGUGUAUUAAAUGCCUUAAAUUAUGUCGAAUAAUCUGUGUCAAAUGAAGGUAUAUUUGAUCUCUUGUGGAUUUAAUGCAGGAAUGGCACUGUCACAUUUAGUCUCAGCCAUUCCUCAUAGGAGGCAAGCGUUAAUGUUGAAAAUGAAGUUCUGCAAUUAAAGAAUCAAACGUUCUCUGCA